AUGCCUCUCCACAAUCUAGGCUCGCUCAUCCUCCAUCAAUUCGUCUUCGUCAUUCACCUCGUCUACGUCAACAUCGCCUUCGCCCACAUCGAUCCCAGCACCUUGGUACCAUUGUACUGCGUAUCCCGCCUAUUCGCCCGGAGAGGGGAGGACUUCUUCCUCGACGACACGGCCGCCGCGCCUACCGGCGCCGGCGCCGGCGUUGGCGCUGGCGGUGCUGCUGCGGCUGCUGGUGCCAACCCUCCAUCAUCAGCCUUCACCCCCGUCAUCACUCCCUUCCCAACACGACCUCCCACCCCGACUCGUCAGAACGGCGUGCAGUCCGCCGGUUAUGAGUCGCCCAUGCACGAGGGUCAGGUCGACUACUUUUCCUCCUCGGACCUCGCAUCGCCGCAGCCACGGAACAGAGGUCACCAACCUCAGCAGCAGGAGGACGGACGGGGGGGCCGGCAAUAUCGUAGUAAUAGUAAUAAUCGCGACGCUGCUGCUGCCGUCGCUGCUACUCCGCCGAGGCCGGGACCGACACGUCGCGUCACAAAUGUGAAUCAUGCGUCGCAGAUACUCGUCGACAACGGCACAAACCUCGACGGACUGGUAUCUCGGAUUGGAAAGAUGGGCGCAGCUGACAAGGUCAGCCUCAAAGACCGCAUCGCCUGUUAUCAGUGGACAUAUUUCACAAUGACCAUGGCCACAGGGGGUAUCGCCAAUUGCAUCCGUUCAUGUAUGUACCCAUCCCAUCCCAGCAAUAUAUUUCUCAAUGAGGGCGGAGAGUCUAACUUCACUCCUCGAUCAGUACCCUCCCAACCGGACUGGCUUGUGGGGGUCGGCCUCUUCUUCUUCCUGCUCAACAUCUGCCUAUUCCUCAUGAACUGCGCCCUCAUAUCUAUGCGCUUCUAUCUCCGCCCCGGAAGUUUUACCAACUCCUUUACCGAUCAGAUCGAAUCUCUGUUUACUCCAGCAUUUCUCCCUAGCAUGGGCACCAUCCUCAUCGGAAUCUGCUCAUAUGGAAUCCCUUCCGCCGGUCCGUGGCUCUCCAAGACCAUGGAAGUCAUGUUCUGGCUCAUCGCCUCGACCCGACAAUCGUCCACCGACGACGUCUCUCUCAACUACACAGCCGUCUUCUUCUGCGCCGUCACCACCCAGGGAACAGGCUGUCUGAUUGCCUUCAUGAUCUCUGCCGCCUUUUUAUAUCGUCUCAUGACGCAGAAGUUGCCUCGAGACAUGCAACGUCCUGGUGUUUUCAUGGCCAUCGGUCCCUACGGCUUCACGGCAGCAGGUCUCCUCCAGAUCGGUAACGAGGCAGACAUCAUCACCUUCCCCGACGCCCUCGACCCGACCCACGCCAUCCAGAUCGUCCGCGUCGUCAGCCUCCUCGUCUCCCUGUGGAUGUGGGGGCUGUCGAUGUGGUUCUUCCUCGUCUCCGUGGGCUCGCUGUGGAAGUACACUCGCCCGGGCCACCACCUGCCCUUCCAGAUGACGUGGUGGUCCUUUGUCUUCCCCAACACCGCCCUCGUCACCGCCACAGAGGCCAUGGGCAAGGUCUUCGACUCACACGGCAUACGCGUGUUCGGCAUCGUCAUGACGGUGGCUCUCGUCGUCGUCUGGAUCCUCUCUGCUCCCGGUACCGCCGGUAUCGACACGGACAACAAUGUCUGA